AUGUCUUCCGCCGCACAAACCCCCAGCCAGGCGGCCACCUCGACCGAUGGCCUCUCCCAGCCGCCCAAUGAGCCCGCCCGCCGCACACACCCUCUUCCACCCGAAGACACGAUGCUUCGUCUACGUGUCUACAGCGGACUGCAGCCCCGUGCCGUACAGGGCAUGCUCGACUUUGACUUCAUCUGCAAGCGCAAGCAGCCCUCGGUCGCCGGUAUCAUCUACACAUUCGGCGGUCAGUUCGUUAGCAAAAUGUACUGGGGAACCAGCGAGACUCUGCUGCCCGUCUACCAGGACGUAGGCAAGGCCAUUGCCAAGCACGCAGAUGUCGACACCGUCGUCAACUUCGCCUCGUCGCGUUCCGUAUACCAGUCGACAAUGGAGCUCCUCGAGUUCCCGCAAAUCAAGUCGAUUGCCAUCAUUGCCGAGGGUGUUCCCGAGCGCCGUGCCCGUGAAAUCCUUCAUGUCGCCCAAAAGAAGGGUGUCACUAUUAUCGGCCCCGCUACCGUCGGAGGUAUCAAGCCCGGCGCGUUCAAGAUCGGCAACACCGGAGGUAUGAUGGACAACAUCGUUGCUUCCAAGCUGUACCGACCCGGCUCCGUCUCAUACGUCUCCAAGUCCGGAGGUAUGUCCAACGAGCUGAACAACAUCAUUGCCAACACCACAGACGGUGUCCUUGAGGGUGUCGCCAUCGGUGGUGACAGGUACCCCGGUACCACCUUCAUCGACCACGUUCUGCGAUACCAAGCCGACCCCGACUGCAAGAUCAUCGUCCUGCUCGGUGAGGUUGGUGGUGUUGAGGAGUACCGUGUCAUUGAGGCUGUCAAGUCUGGCCAAGUCAACAAGCCUAUCGUUGCUUGGGCCAUCGGUACUGUUGCCGGUAUGCUCAAGACUGAGGUUCAGUUCGGCCACGCUGGUUCGUUCGCCAACUCCCAGCUCGAGACUGCUGUGACCAAGAACAACUCUAUGCGUGAAGCAGGCAUCUACGUGCCCGAGACCUUCGAGGAGAUGCCUGGCACUCUUGCUCAGGUCUACCAGAAGCUCCUCAAGGACGGCACCAUCAACCCCAAGCCCGAGCCCGUUGUUCCCAAGAUUCCCAUUGACUACUCAUGGGCGCAAGAGCUUGGUCUUAUCCGUAAGCCUGCUGCUUUCAUUUCCACCAUUUCCGACGACCGUGGCCAAGAGCUGCUUUACGCUGGUAUGCCCAUCUCCGACGUCUUCCGAGAGGAGAUCGGAAUCGGAGGUGUCAUGUCCCUGCUUUGGUUCCGCCGCCGCCUGCCCAACUACGCUAGCCGUUUCCUCGAGAUGGUGCUUAUGUUGACUGCCGACCACGGUCCCGCUGUCUCGGGUGCCAUGAACACCAUCAUUACCACACGUGCUGGCAAGGAUCUCAUCAGUGCAUUGGUCUCCGGUCUUUUGACCAUCGGUUCGCGAUUCGGUGGUGCUCUUGACGGAGCCGCUGAGGAGUUCAGCAAGGCUUUCGACAAGGGCCUCAGCCCUCGUGACUUCGUCGACACCAUGCGCAAGGAGAACAAGCUCAUCCCCGGUAUCGGACACAGGAUCAAGUCCCGCAACAAUCCCGAUCUCCGUGUCGAGCUUGUCAAGGAGUACGUCAAGAAGCACUUCCCCAGCACCAAGCUGCUCGACUACGCCCUCGCUGUUGAGUCCGUUACCACAUCGAAGAAGGACAACCUGAUUCUGAACGUCGACGGCUGCAUUGCUGUCUGCUUCGUUGACCUCGUCCGUAACUCUGGUUCUUUCACCCAAGAGGAGGCUGAGGACUACCUGAAGAUGGGUGUCCUCAACGGUCUCUUCGUGCUCGGCCGAUCCAUUGGUUUGAUUGCCCAUUUCCUCGACCAGAAGCGUCUGCGCACUGGUCUCUACAGGCAUCCUUGGGACGACAUCACCUACCUUCUGCCUUCCCUGCAGGGCGGCGCACCAGGUGCGGAGGGUCGUGUUGAGGUUACCUUGUAA